GGCUAGGGUGAGGUCUGUUAGUACGCGAGCCCGUGGGCCUAGGCGGUUUACAGGACGCUGACAGGCUCGCCUGUCAGUCGGGUGUCUGCUCCUUAUUUCGCACCUUCACGCACACCGUGACCCGAACACUCUUUUCCUUUUGUUUUUAUUUUUGCCCUAACCCACGUAUUCCCAGUAUCAGCGCUGCGCCGUGGCUGCGUAUGCAAGUGAGUUCCCCGGCCCCCGUACUUCUCUUGCCUUUACUCUCUGAGACAUCCUGAAGAAGAUAUCUUCAGAGUUUGGAAGAAUCAUAUUAACUUUUCAAAAUGUCCAGCAAAGAAUCUUACGGAAAAAAAGAGAAAUCUCUGAGAAAAGGCACUGCCCCAUCACCCAAUGUUGAUGAAGAAGAUAAGAAAGAGAAAAAAACCUCAGCAAAUUCUACUAGUUCACCUUGUUCUGUAAUAUCAGUUUCAACAGAGAAGAGAAAACUGAAAUCAGAUGAUACAGAUAUUCUGUACUGUAAUAUAAAAAGAAGACAAGAACUGAAAAGACUGAAUGUAGAAACUGACACUCCAAGAAAGAGACCAAAAAUUAGUUCUUCAUCCCAAGGACUUGUUAAACUCCAAGAAACAUCAUACUCAAAUGAUAAUCAAAUUACUUCUCAGAGUCCUUCUUCAAAUGGAACUAAAAAUGGUAUAAGUAAAUGUGUAGAUUUUAAAGUUAAAGAUAUUAAAUUGACAAAUGUUAAGAGUGAGCUGGACCAUGGAAUUAAAAACUUUAGCAGUCCUAAGAUUGCCAAAGAUGUGAGACCUAAAGCUGAAGGCCAGGCAAGUGAAAAAAAAUGGCCUCAUCUACUUGCUCAGAGGAAGAAGAUGAAGGAACUCAAGAAAGAAAGGUACAAUAAAUUUAGAGACAGUUCUGAAAAAUAUGUUUUGGAGAAAUGCAAGAGAAUCCAAUUUUCUCAGGAUUAUAAGUCCAACAAGAUAAUUAAGGAACCCCUCGAAUCUAGAAGAAGAAUGAUCAAUUUCAAAAUCCUAGGAGACUCCUGUGAAACCCUUCAGAAGCUUGUAGAAGAAGAUGUCUUCAGUUUAGAUUCUAACACGUUAAAGACCAAGCAGGAGAAAAAAGAAUGCCUGGAAGGCUCCCAGUUUUCGUUAAAUUUGACAAGGCACAAAAGUGAACAUUUAUUUUCAGAUUCCACGUAUAAGCAGACUGUUCGUGAGUGGGAAGGAAAAUAUCAUAAGCAUCAAAGAAGUAAUGAUUCAAGUUCUAGUGAAAACCUAACCAAGAGUUUUGAAGCACCGUGUUCUUCAGUGUCACUUGAAAGUAUUCAAGAUACAGAUCAAGAGAUGCAGAUUGUAGAAGAGCUUCAUGCUGCACGUGUGGGAAAAAGUGUGGAUUUAACUGUGGUUCCACCUUCUGGAGAGUUAACAAGUAUGGAGAUUGACUUGGUGGAAGAUGAUGUACAUUCCUCUUCUGCAAAUACUGCUUCAGACAAAAAGCUUUUAAUUGUUGUUGACACAAAUAUACUGAUGAAUCAUCUCAAAUUUGUUAGAAUUUUGAAGACAACAGAGAUCUCAGGCUUUGACAGGCUUGUGUUAAUAAUUCCCUGGGUUGUUGUGCAAGAGCUGGAUCGUAUGAAGGCAGGAAAAUUACUGAAACGUGCCCAGCACAAAGCUAUACCUGCCGUUCAUUUCAUCAAUGAUAGUCUCAAAAAUCAAGAUAGAAAGCUAUGGGGUCAGUCAAUACAACUUGCAUCUCAAAAACUUUAUGGAUUGAGCGAUGAGAACAAUGAUGACCGUGUAUUAAAAUGCUGUCUUCAGUACCAAGAAUUAUUCCCUUGUUCUCUUGUUAUUUUGUGCACGGAUGAUAGAAAUUUAAGAAACAAAGGCCUAAUAAGUGGUGUGAAGUCACUCAGUAAAGAAGAAUUGAGUGCAGAAUUAUUAAACUUAUCUCUGAACACAGUUGUAUGUCAUCAGCCUUGUAUAUCUAAACAACAAUUGAAAGCAGAAGCAACACCUUUAGAGAAGAGCUGUGAGGAGGAAUCUACAAACUCUGGACUGUGCAUUCCACUUGAAAGCAUUGUAUCUGAUCUUGAAAAAUCUCUUGGAACAGCUUUAUCUUCAAUAUUAGAAACAGAAAUGAAAAUUGCUUUUGGAAACCUUUGGAUGGAGGUGCUGUACUUGAAACCACCAUGGACUCUAAUACAUUUAUUACAGUGCUUUAGAAAACAUUGGUUGGCUGUAUUUGGAUUAGUUGUGGAAAAGAACUUGCUUUUAACUGUUGAGAGCCUAUAUGAAAAUCUCUCUAAAGCUAACAAUGCAGUGGAUUUUACAACAGUGAAAUUGCUGCUUCAGGAUUCUAAAAGUUUGCUACAUGCUUUCAGUACAAGGUCAAAUUAUGAUGGUAUUCUUCCACAGGCCUUUGCUCAAGUAAACAAACUACUCCAAACAUUUAUAGAGGUCAAGGCAAAACUUAAGCAAAAUCCUUCAAAAAAUACAGCGGGUAAAAGGCAAGAAGAUAAUUCUUUGAUGAAAUCUAAUAACCAAGAAAUCACCAUUUCCUCAGGUUCUCAUCUUCCCCAACCCAACAGGCAUCAAGAGAUCUGGUCUAUCCUAGAGAAUGUUUGGAUUACAAUAUAUCAAAACAGCAUGGAUGUGUUUCAAAGAUUGGGCUCAAAUUCAGCUCUGAUGUCUUCAAAAAUAGCAUCAUUUGAAGAAGCAUUUGUAUAUCUUCAAAAGUUAAUGGAAGCUGUUAAGGUUAUUCUUGAAGGAAUUCAGAGGAUUUUGGCACCCAGUAGUAAUUAUCAAGAUGUUGAGACCCUCUAUAACUUCCUAAUCAAGUAUGAGGUAAAUAAAAAUGUCAAAUUUACUGCCCAGGAACUUUAUGAUUGUGUUUCACAGGCUGAGUAUCGGGAAAAGUUAACCAUCGGAUGCCGCCAGCUGGUUGAGAUGGAACACACCAUGCAACAGUGCAAUGCCUCCGUCUAUAUGGAGGCCAAAAACAGGGGAUGGUGUGAAGACAUGCUCAACUAUAGAACCUAAGUGCUGAUUUUGUAACUUAGAAGGAAUGCAUCUGUCUUCAGGAACAACAGAGUAGCUUUCAACCUUUUGUGCCAAACCCGGGAGACUUGCAAGAAAUGUCUUAAGAAAUGUCUCAAAUGUCAAUGUCUCAUAAGUACAAAAAGAUGAUUGCCUAUUACUGACAACCUCAUUGAGGUUCUGAUGUGUCCAUUGUGGGAUAAACUGUGAACUCAACUUGUCUGAAGUUGACUUUACCUCCCUACCUCUACUCCUAAUACUGAGCCAGUGUGUCUAAGGAAAGGAGAGCCAUCUUUUUGGUCAUCUUAGGGCAAGAGCCACUGCGGCAUCUGAGGAAGGCCCAGGACACAGUAUUAGCAUCUCUCUCAACAAUAAAUUUGGGUAUGUGACCAGAGACGUUUCCAAACCUCAAGAAAGAAUUAGGACAUGACCAUGCUCACCAUAUUCCACAAGAGAAAUCUUACCCUGGGCUGUUCUAUGAUCAAACUGUCUUCCAUGUAGACACAAUACGUAAUACGUAUCCCUUCUACUUCCCCCAAGGUAAGGGAAGUAGAAUUUUGACUUUGGCUCCAACUUGCUGCAGUAGCCUCUUUUCUUCCCUGGCCUUGUCACUUCUCAGUGCAUUUCUCAUGGGAUAAACAGGGAGACCCCUCUGCUCAGUGUCCUCUUAAAUGUGAAACAGCAUGGAUUUAUCAGGUAGCAGUGGCUGAUGUUUGCCCCUGGCUAAACCAAGUGUUUAACUGACUUCUUUAGUUAUAAAUACCAUCUAUGGAAAUCCUUGUUUACUAAAGUAUAUUAUGCUUUUGUUAAUACAUUAGAUUAAAUCUAAUUUGGUAUUCUAUUAUAAAUGUUAAUUUAUUUUUUUUAAAAAGCAAUGAAUUAUUUUUAGUGAUUUUGCUUUUCAUUUUACUUCCAAAUUUUUUUUCUGAACUGCAUACAGGUAUGAUUAUAAAAGUGAACCUCCAAUGAAAGAGAACUAUGCAGGAUGCCCACUAGCAGGAAGAAGGAUCCGAUGAGCUUUGUUUGCUUAGAAAGCCACACCUCCUCCUGGGGCUCAAAGUGCCCUCAGGGAUAUGAGCCUGGGUAGAAGGAGAAGCUUCCAGAGCACCUCUGCUGUCUGCCUCUUUCCUUUUCCAUCCCCUCCCCCUACCAAAUAUGUCUUCAGACUUUUAUCCCUCAGCUGCUUCUAGUUGUUAUUGAGUUUUGCCCUGCUUUGUUUUUGUUGCUGUUGUUGUUGUUUUGGUCGCAGCUUGCAGGAUCUUAGUUCCCUGACUAGGGAUUGAACCGUGGGCCACUGCAGUGAAAGCGCAGAGUCCUAACCCCUGGACUGCCAGGGAACUCCUUGCUGUGCUUCAUUACCUCCCUUUUUCUCUCUUAUCUUUUUAAUAUGUUAUACUUUUUAGGAAAUUUCUUUUCACUCCUAUCAUCUGAAUACUUCUACGUAUUUCACCCUAUGCAUGUGGAUUUUAAUUUUAUCCUAAUCUAUGUGUCUUUCACUUUGUGCGUUAAUUUGUCAGUUUUCAACCUUUUUUAAAUUUUUUUUUUUUUUUUUUUUUUUUUUUUUGCGGUACGCGGGCCUCUCACUGUUGUGGCCUCUCCUGUUGCGGAGCACAGGCUCCAGAUGCGCAGGCUCAGCGGCCAUGGCUCACGGGCCCAGCCGCUCCGCGGCAUGUGGGAUCUUCCCGGACCGGGGCAUGAACCCAUGUCCCCUGCAUCGGCAGGCAGACUAUCAACCACUGCGCCACCAGGGAAGCCCUAAAUAUUUAUUUUGAUAUGUGAAAAUGUUUUAACUUUCUAGUCUUAUUUUUAUCUUUAGAAGACAUUCUUUAAAAUUUUUUUAGUGUUUGUUUCUUUGAAAUGUAAGGGUUUUGGGGUUUUUUCUUCUUCUUUUUGUUGCCUUCUUUUCUUAUCUUAAACUUUAAUUUAUACUUUUUUUCUAACAGUACAGUGUGGGAGUUGAGGUAUCCCUUUCCUCCCAUCCCCUGCUCGCUCUUUUCUGGGUCUCCCCUCUGGAUUGGAGUAACUCAGUUGACAUAAGGAUCCUAAGCCCCACCUGGUAAGUUUGUUUUCAUGGGAAAUUAUCAUAUCUUUAGAACUCCAGGUUUUAAAAUCUCCAUUCAGUAAACAUAGCUAUUAUAUUUGGGGCAGAAGCUUCAUAAGCAUGCCAUGAACCAGAAGGGACUGAUGGGAAAAGUCACAUGAGGGCAAGGGCUCUCUACAUAAAGUCUUGCCUUAGUGAGAAGCUGGUGAUAACUUCCUGAGAAGCAUCCCUGGGGAUUUUGACAGCAAAGUUCCUGGAACCAUUUUACUGUAGCCUUUUCCAGCCUACCUCCACAAGAUAGUCCAUUUCCUUCUGGAAAGGACCAGGGAGGGUCCCCUGGCUUGGCCAGGCCACAGCUCUUCCAGCAUUCUGAGCCAAAGAAAAGUUGGCUAAAGACUUAGAGUCUGUUGUACCCUACUGGGUCCUCCUGUUAGGACCUGCAGUGGGCACUUGGGACUGCACAGAUUGGAACUUCAUAGAUGGGUUAAUUUCACUCUCCUAUCAUUGUCUUUGCCUGUCAUGAAAGACAGGGGACACAAGACAAACCUGAAACUUUAUUUCCUUGAUCUUUUGGCCAUCAUCUUAAAACACAAGUUCUUUCACCCUUUCAGGGUUGAUCCACAAUUAUUUAGUGUCGUGGUCUCCCUUAAGAACCUAGCUUUUAUUGUUCAUACUCCUGAUGUGACAUCUCCCCACGCCCACCUAUCUAUUGGAGCCUUUUAGCUCCCUACCGUGUGAGAUGGGAUGAAGUUACCUUUAUCUUCUCAGAGGGAAUAUACCUCACUACUGAAUAAUGAAAUGCAUCCUCCACUUAGGAAGUGCUGCCACCCAUACUCCUUUUCCGAUUUAGAUUGGACUGACAGUCCAGUCUCCCUCCCAGUUGGUGGCUCUUUAAGCUAUUUUGCCAACAAACAACAAAAAACCCCACUCCAGUGAAAAGAAGCAACUCCAUGAGCUUAAGCAGAAUUUACAGCUAUGAACCUAUAAGGUAAGGCAGUAAGACACUCAAAUCUCAGUUACCAACAUGGCUCGCUGCUCCUAACUACAAACCAAAUUCAGUAUCCUAGCCUUCGCAACUCUUAUUGUAGACUAAUGGUUAUCGCUGAACUACAUUAACUCAGUACAUACCCUUGCAUGGCCAGUGGGGAUGAACAGUUCCCUGAUGUGAUUUCCAGUCAGGUAAAAUAUUGACAUGUCCUAGACUUUUUUAAAAAGGCUUUUCCCUUUAAAGGUUUGGUUAAGCUAGAAAGACAAAACUUUUUCAAGUGUAAAACUGUAGUUUUGAGUUUUGUCAAACACAAUCACAUAAUCACCAGCACACUCAAGUAAUGAGUUCCAUUGCUCCUCGAAAUUCCCUUGUGCCCCUUUGUAGCCAACUCCCAUCCCCACCUCAGGAAGCCACUGAUGUGUCUGCUAUCCAUGUAGCUCUUUUCCAGAAUGCUAUGCAAAUGGAGGCUUUUGAAGCUGGCUUUUCACUUAGCAUGAUGCUUCUGAGGAUCCAUCCAUGUUGUUUUAUCAAUAAAUACUUCAGUGUUUUUAUUCCUGAGUAGUAUUCCAUUUUAUUCAUGUACCCUUCCAUUCAUUCACCAGUUGGAAGGAUAUUUGAAUUUUCAGUUUUUGGUGAUUAUGAAUAAAGCUGCUAUAUUCAUACACAGGUUUCUGUAAGAACAGGUUUCCAUCUCACUUGGAUAAAUACCUAGGAAUGGGAUUACUGUGCCAUAGGAUAUUUAACUUUAUAAAAAACUGUCAAACUUUUUCCAAACUGACCUUACAAUUUUGUAAUUUCUCCAGCAAUUUGAGAGCUCCAGUUGUCAUUUUGCUUUUUACAUUUUCCUAAUGAUCUAUGACAGUAAGCAUGUUUUCAUGUUAUUAUUAGACUCCAUUUAUCUUCUUUGGUGGAGUGUCUUGUUCUAAACCUUUUGCCCAUUUGAAAACUGGAUGGUUUUAUUGAGCUUAGAGAGCUCUGGAUGCAAAUCCCUUAUCAGAUGUUUUCUUUCAAGCCUGUACCUUGUAAGGAUUUGGCAUCACUUUUGGUUAAGAUAGAGACAGAACACUUGCAUAAUGCAGAAGGUAGAUCUUACUAUCAUGAUUUGAGAGUAGCCUUAAUGGAUAGCUGGCCCUGUUAAUUAUUGAUUGGAUGACCACCAUUACAUUUGAUAGAUGCCUUCAAACUUGGCAAUUCUUAUUCUUAACUUGCAGGACAGUUCAGUUCAUCUCUUAAGAAGUUUCAGUCUCUCGCUCACUGAAGUUUGGUAUUCUGUGUGCCUUUCUCCAGGCUAAAAUUGUAUUAGUCCUGUUGUUCUCUCUGAGCAAAUAUCUUGUAUUUCCACAAGAUGUCAACUCUGUAUAUACUCAGCUUAAUAACCAAGCUUUUGCUUCUCACCCUUAUUCAAACCCCCAAUAGAGAAUUGAGCUCCUAACAGUGAAGCCUAAGUACUUUAUUGGCCAUUGUGCUAGUAACGGUAAGUUAAAGAACCCAUGAUAUGCACUUGAAUACAUCCCUCUCUUUAUGUACUCUACUUAUUGCUCAAUGUAUCAUUAUCAUUUUUAAGACUCUUAAGAAACUUCUGGUCUUAUUAAGAAAACUGAUGCUUCACAGUAAUUGCUUUUUAACCUUCAGAUAAUUGAUUUAAUAGAUCUCCUGUUAACAGGACCAAAUUUGUGGCUUGGCCUUACUAUUUGAGAUUGAUAUAUUUGAUUCAUAUGUUGGCAUUUUCUCCUCUUUUUUCACUCAGUUUACCCUGUAUCUUAAGUCUCAAUGAGAGACUCUUCAAAUCCUUUUUUGAAACAAAGU